AUGUGGCCCGUAAUCGAAGCCUUGAGUUCAUCGCGGAUCUUCUGGGGAGAUCAAAGGUCGUCAGAAGGGACAAACCCGUUUUUCUGGGGUAAUCAUCUGAAGUUUGACGUCGACCGUGAUCCCUUUGAGAGUAGCCAAAAUCGGCUCCGGACAGUCCUGCAACUGUACGUCCUCGGUGCCGAUAAUCCAGUCACUGUCGUUGAGGAUCCAGAAGACGAAGAGGAUUCAGACAACACAAAUGAUGAGCCUAGCCCGCUUUAUUCUCCCAAGGCGAUUAAAGCUCGAGCACAGCGUCCAAUUGACCUUUUGCCCCCGAUCUUUCCCACAGACGCGCCAGAAACAUUCGUACUGCACCACCACAACCUGCUGAGAACAACAUCUUCGUCGCAAACCAAGCUCAACUGCCAUCUCUGUCCUGAUCCGGAUCAGUAUAUGAAGGAAAUCUUGGACGACGGGACAGAAGAGAUAAAUUUCUUAUACUACGAAUAUCUGGCAGAAUUUGAGAAGACGCAGCUGCGCGCCUUCUUUCUGGAAGAAACGCAACGUAUCUGUCCUGAUUAA